AGUUCUCGGGGACUUCCUGCACGAUUGGCAUUUAAACACGCGCCGGGGGCGGCGGGAUGCUGCUGCGGAUGCGGAGCUGUGUGCGCGGCCGCCUACUCGGAGCUGCCUGGGCAUCACAGCAGCGGAGCCCGAGCAUCCUCUAGCCACGCAUCUUGGGGAGACCCAGGACCUCCCCCCACCACCUCCCCACCCCCACCCCGCACCGGCUUCCCGGUAGGUUCGUUUUUAAUUUCCAAGACUUCAGCUCUCCUGGCUCAGCUCACAGCAUCCUGCUCACCAGCCCUGCUGCGGAUGAAGCAGGGACUGGGCUGGGUCCAGCAAGUGGGGCAGCCCGGGCCAUGGUGCAUCUGAGCCCGGUGCUCCGGUGAGGUGGUGGCGGCGACUCGACCCAAGCGGGUGCCUCUCCCUGGAGCCUUUCCCCAGCUGCCACCAUGUUCAGCUGGCUGGGUAACGAUGAUCGUCGCAAGAAGGACCCCGAGGUCUUCCAAACUGUGAGUGAUGGACUCAAGAAACUCUACAAGAGUAAGCUGCUGCCCCUGGAAGAAUAUUACCGCUUCCAUGAGUUCCACUCGCCUGCCCUGGAGGAUGCUGAUUUCGACAACAAGCCCAUGGUCCUGUUGGUGGGCCAGUACUCUACUGGAAAGACCACCUUCAUCAGGUACCUGCUGGAACAGGAUUUCCCAGGCAUGAGGAUUGGGCCGGAGCCGACCACUGAUUCCUUCAUAGCGGUGAUGCAAGGAGACGUAGAGGGGAUCAUCCCUGGGAACGCCCUGGUGGUGGAUCCAAAGAAACCCUUCCGAAAGCUCAAUGCCUUUGGCAAUGCCUUCUUGAACAGGUUUGUGUGUGCCCAGCUGCCCAAUGCCGUGCUGGAGAGCAUCAGUGUCAUUGACACACCGGGGAUCCUCUCCGGGGAGAAACAGAGGAUCAGUCGAGGGUAUGAUUUUGCUGCUGUCCUUGAAUGGUUUGCCGAGCGGGUGGACCGCAUCAUCCUGCUCUUUGACGCCCACAAGCUGGACAUAUCUGAUGAGUUCUCAGAAGUCAUCAAGGCUCUCAAGAACCACGAGGACAAGAUGCGAGUGGUGCUGAACAAGGCGGACCAGAUUGAGACCCAGCAGCUGAUGCGGGUAUAUGGAGCCCUCAUGUGGUCCCUGGGCAAGAUCGUGAACACACCAGAGGUGAUCCGGGUCUACAUCGGCUCCUUCUGGUCCCACCCUCUCCUCAUUCCUGACAACCGGAAGCUCUUUGAAGCUGAAGAGCAGGACUUGUUCAGAGACAUCCAGAGUCUCCCCCGUAAUGCUGCCCUUCGAAAGCUUAAUGACCUCAUCAAGAGAGCCCGGCUGGCCAAGGUCCAUGCCUACAUCAUCAGCUCCUUGAAGAAGGAGAUGCCCUCGGUGUUUGGGAAGGACACCAAAAAGAAGGAACUGGUGAACAACCUGGCUGAGAUUUAUGGCCGGAUUGAACGAGAGCACCAGAUCUCCCCUGGGGACUUCCCCAACCUGAAGAGGAUGCAGGACCAGCUGCAGGCCCAGGACUUCAGCAAAUUCCAGCCACUGAAGAGCAAGCUGUUGGAGGUGGUAGAUGACAUGCUGGCACACGACAUUGCCCAGCUCAUGGUGCUGGUGCGCCAGGAAGAGACCCAGCGACCUGUCCAGAUGGUGAAAGGUGGAGCAUUCGAGGGAACCCUGCAAGGCCCCUUCGGGCAUGGCUAUGGAGAGGGGGCCGGGGAAGGUAUUGAUGAUGCUGAGUGGGUGGUGGCCCGAGACAAGCCUAUGUACGACGAGAUCUUCUAUACCCUGUCCCCAGUGGAUGGCAAGAUCACGGGUGCCAAUGCCAAAAAAGAGAUGGUACGCUCCAAGCUGCCCAAUAGUGUGCUGGGCAAGAUCUGGAAACUAGCUGACAUCGACAAGGAUGGCAUGUUGGAUGAUGAGGAGUUUGCCCUGGCCAACCACCUUAUCAAAGUCAAGCUGGAGGGGCAUGAAUUGCCCAAUGAGCUGCCUGCCCACCUCCUCCCUCCAUCUAAGAGGAAAGUAUCUGAGUGACAGAUCCAGGUAACCAGACAGGCAAUGUUAGAAGAGAGAAGGGGCAUGAUGACCAUACACACACACACACACACACACACACACACACACACACACGCACACAUGUGCGCACAUGCGCACGUGCAACUUGACAUAUAGAUGAGAAGGGUUCAUCCUUGUUUGGACACUUCCAAGUUCCCAGGGUUGGAAGAAGGGCAGCUGUACCUCCUCUACCCCAGGAUAAAAGCCUGCGUCUCCAAACUUCCCCUCUCUCUCCCAUUCCCCAGAGUCCUGAGGCAGUUGACUGGUCCACAGAUGGCCCAAGCCACCCUACCCCCAGUGCCUCCACACCUAGGCUCUGAGCAGAUGGAAACGGCUUUCCAUGUAAUAGACAAUUCGCUUUCUUUUCUGUGCUUUUAUUUUUCCUCUUUGGCUUCCUAAUUAGAAAUUUACUCAGGGGCUAGGAGCUGUGAGGGAAAGGAGAAGCUGGGGGAGGAUAAUCAAAUGGAGAAACAUCCUUAGGGCACUACAUCCCAGACCUGAAGAGACACACUGGCCCAUGUUCUUUGUAUCUUUCUAAACAGAAAACUCUGUCUUCUUCAACAAACUUGAACUUAAUUGAACUCUGUCUGCCAUUUUGUCUUCAAGAAUCCCAGAUAGGAAAAAAAAAAAAAAAAGAAUCCCAGAUAGGGAAAGAAAGGGAAAACCUUGGUAGAAAAGCACAAGGAAGCUACCCUGUGGUCUUCAUGGACAGGGUGUGUGUAGUUCAUGGGUUUAUCAGGCCCAGGCUGUCUGGAUACUCAGUUCUUUACAUAUACCAAGCCCCUCCUAGGUGGCAGGAGCAGUGUUAGGCACUUUAUACAUGUUGGUCCCUGAGGUCUUCACUAAUGCCCUAGGCAAGUAUACAUCACCCCUGCUCUGCAUUUGUCAGGUGAGGAGCCAGAGACUCAGUAGUUCAGGUGACUUUCCCAAACUCCCGAGGUCCCAAAGAGAGAGAGAGGAUUCUGAUCCUCCAUUUGUCCCUGUUCUGUGAUGGAUAACUGUCCCAAUGUUGCUAUCUGGUGACAAAGCACGCACCAUCUGAACACACCACCCCUCGCACAGCCUCCCAGAGUAUCCAGGCAAAGGAAAAGCGCUCACCAGCAUUUGGUGGGCCAUCAAUCUGGCCAUCUGUCAUCUCCUAGAAGCAAACUGUGCCUUCUGGCCCUGUGCCUCGUGUUCCCAACAUCACAGAAGUCCAACCAAGCCAUCAGGAGAGUGGGCUGACCUGCUAGAUGCUGUUUGUGCCUAUUCCUGCUGAGCCUCCCAUCCAUUCACCUUGAGCAUCCCAGCUCAAAUUCAACCACUGGAUGUCACCAAGCAGGACUUUGUGCUAGUUCUCAGAAGACCAUCUUAAGAGGACUGGGACCUUAUUCUCUGUAGUUUCAGUGUUCUUGGCAAAAAUCCCCACUGUAAUCAGUACCUUCCAUCCUCCUCUUGGCCUUUUCCCUGGCUUGCUCCCUGGCCACUGACCCAGUGACUGUCUACUACACUCCUACUGUGAUGGAAAACAAAGCAAAUGUAACUUAUUUUGUAUCUGUGUUCAGACUAUAUAGAGACUGUUCUAUGUAUCUACAACAUGCUUAGAACUGCAGUGUGUUUGUCACUAGGAUUCAUGUGAAUACAACACAUUUAUCCUUUGGUACCCUCCUGGCAACUGAGCAUCAUUGCAUAGCACUAGAUUCUGACGUGGGGCGUCUACUGGCAACUUUGGAACAAAGUAGUUAAUCCACUCAAAGGUCAUGAAUGGAAUACCUUCUCUCGGACUCGCUUACGUGAAGCUACCAGGGCCACUGUUUCUUGCUUUUCUGGAGUGGAGAUGUUUGCUUCAGCAAACUUAUACUUCUCUUGUGUCAAUAGUAGAGGACGGCUAAGACAGAGAGAUCUCAACUCAGAAGACAGCCCCAGUGUACCCAACAGGUGAACCAUCCCCCUAUAUGUUGUGUUGAGCUGGAGGUGAUAUAAGAAAGUAGCAGGCGAACUCUGUUUUCGUUCAUAUGAAACGGAGCGUGUGAGUCUCAUGCCUCCGUGUGUGACGCUCAUACCAUAUUCCUGUCCUCCUCUGUUCCCCGUAUACCAUCUUGUCUUCAAGACCACCUAAAAGAAUCCAGAAGGUACAAGAGGGAGUUCCACUUAUUCUCUUUCUGCCACCUGGAAAGAGGAGGUGGUACUUGGGUCUCCUCUCAAUGUGGUGGGGGGGGUGAGUUCCUCUCACUUGGGCGGUACCCCUCUGGCUCUAGCUGUUGUGACUUGCUCAUCCCUUGCAGGACCUGAGGGUUUGCAGUGGUUCCGCCUCAUCCAAGGGGACAUUUCACAUGAGAAACAAAGACACAGAGUGGUCAUGGCAUUUACAAAAUCUUCGACACCUUUUUCCCGUACAAUCAGCUUAGACCCUGAAGAUUGCCAGUGGCGCAGAAACAUCCCACAGUCCUGGCCCAGUGAAGCUUCCUCUGUCCCAAAGAGUUAAAUCCUGACCAAAAUAUAGUUACAUACUUGUGCACCUAGGUGAGUUGCCCACCACGGUAAGGUGUGGGCCUCUCUUGCCAGACUGGUGAGAGGUUUCUCUGAGUCAUCCCCACUCUCAUUCGGCUCCCUCUGUUCCAAGAACUAGUAUGUGUGAAUUUGUUCAUCAAGAACUCUCUGAGGAGAAUAAACUUGUUCAUUCUCCCUGUGAAAUACUAACUGGCCUCUGUACAUACUCAAACUAUUCUGUCGUCUGUCCGUCCAUCCAUGAACCAUCUUUCACUUGAGAGGUCGUAAGCACUCCCCACGGAAAGACUCUUGGGAAAAUCCUAGAGAUUUAU